AUUGAAUUCAACUUUGACUUGGGGUCAAUCCCCAAUCCUUGACACUGCUCAUUUUAAAUACAGUUGUAAUAGCAAUGUCUGUCCAGAGCGCACUUAUGCCCAUUGAAUUGAUUUCUUAUUUUAUGCCAAGCGGACUUUAUGAUAACCGCACAAUCACUUCUCAUCUCACCUUUGCAAUCAUGUUUGCUGGGUUUGGAAUAAGUGAUUCAACAAGAUUGUUGUUUCGCAUUCUAUUCAUCCGUACAUCAUGGGAUGCAACCCUAUAUCAUUUAGCAUGGAUCACUUGGAUUUUUAUUGCUGCAUACAUUGCCUAUAUGUUGACACUGAUCGAUGUACGCAUAUCUCCUUUUAAUAUCGAUUUGAAAUGGUGGACUAGUAGAGUUGUUGGACUGGCCAUAUUCAGAUCAUUAGCUACACUAGCUCUGUGUUCUACACUGUUGUAUCGUGUCCGAGCCCUAUUCAAGGAGAAACAGAAAAGUAAGUUUAUAGCAUUGGGUGUGCUAUCAGCUGCAACGUCACUUUCCACCAUUGCCCAUUCGACAUCGGUGAUUCAGACUGCUACUGCCUAUACUGGAUCGCUAUUUGUCUUGGCCUAUUUCACUGAAAAUAAAACAGUCAUGUGUCUAGGCGCACUAUCACAUAUUCUUCUGGCCAUCUACAUCUUUCUAUGUUCUGCCUUGUUCAUCUCCGUCAUUCAUGCAGCCAUCUAUAUUCCAGGAACAAGCAUAUAUCAUACGAUGCUACGAAAGUCUGAUGGCUCAAGACUGGUUGGAAUCAUUUUGCUAUCCAUCUACAUUGGAAUAGCAUUCUUGUAUCGUGUUAUUACAUUUCGAGAAAACUCGCUCACGUAUGCUGCAAGUUAUGCGGAUGCAUGGUUAUUUCCAUUAUCAUUGUAUACCUUUUUGUCAACAAAUUAUGUUCAUGCUGUGAAUUGUCGCGGUGAAAGCUUGACACCCACUGCAUCAGAAGAGUUUUUUUCAAAUGGGGUUAAACUAGUCCAUCUUGAUGCACACUCGUCUUCUGAUAGUGCCAACUCGACUACUAUGGAAGACCGACCUGAUCGAUUUCGAGGUGCACCCACACCUUUUUCAAGUGCAGUGCAAUCUGCUAGUUUUGAAAAUGCCAAUGAUGGGAUUUUGUUACUUUUGCCUGAAUCGACCGAAUCUGAUCCAGCUCAUCAGCAAGAGAUUGAAACCAGAGAUACGUUGGUGUCGAACGAUCUAGACGCGAUUGCAUCCUGUAGUAGUUGAAUGGAUCAUCCAACUAGAUGAUACGGUAUAAGCAUCGAGAACUGGUCAGCAUACAAGACAGUGCACAAAGGAAUUAUAAUAUAAAUCCAAGUUGACACUAUAAUGCUGGAUGGAAUCACUGAUGGUUUCAUCCAUAACAGUUUGAUUCCAUAACAUAUUUCUUGAACGAGAUAAUAAACAUGCAUGGUUGAAA